UCUAGACGGUCACGUGAGACGCGUCGGACCCGUCGCGCCGUUAAUCCGCGCGGCGUCGGCGUCGGUGUCGGCGCGCGCCGGCGGGUGGCCGCGUCCGCCAGGUCGGCGCUGGAGUCCGGAGCGGUCCACCCGGCGCGGGGGUGGCCGGCGGCGGCGGGAGGAAGGAGCCAACGGGCGCCGUCGGAGACAAAUCGCCAUCGGACGCGGCCGCGCGGGUGGCUUCGUCCGCAGUCGGCCAUCGUGGAAGCGUUAUUAGCGCGUGCCCGGCAGUCGGGUGUCGACGGGAGCGAGAAGAGAGUCGGCCAUUGGCAGAGACGGGCGCGUCGACAGUCGACGACAUGUUCGCUUCCGUUCAUGUUUCGCAGUAGACGCAGCUGCCUGAUCCGCCGCUUAUGGAAGAGACGCGGGACCGACGGACAGGCGGAACGCUGGCCCGAGGACCCCGAGGACAAGUCGGCGGCCUACGCCGUGCUCAAGAGGCUGAAGGAGGUGCACCUGGAGGCCCUGGUCCGAGCGGUCGAAUCUCGGGGCGCCGAACCCUCGGACUGCGUGCCCGUGCCGGCGGCCGAGGCCCGCCCGGGCCGGAGGACCUCUUCGCCCCACGUUCUGUGCUGUCGCCUGUGGAGGUGGCCCGAACUCGGACACUCGCAGCAGCUCAAGCGCCUGGCCUGCUGCCGCACGGGGCGCGACUCCACCUCCGUCUGCUGCAACCCCUACCACUGGAGCAGGAUCUGUCAGCCCGCCCGCGCAGACGAGUCGACGCCGUCCGACGGAGGAGGAGGAGGAGGAGGGCGCGUGUGGUGUUACGUCGCCUAUUGGGAACAAUGCACCCGAGUGGGAAGACUGUAUCACGUGUACAAAUCGAGUCUGGACAUUUUCUCUCAGGUGGCUCGAGGCGAGGGUCUGUGCCUUUCCACCCUGGCCCAGAACCACACCACCUCCAACGACAGCGUUCUCAAGACCCGCGACAAGAUCGGACUGGGACUGACGCUGACCCGGGAGGACGACGAGGUGUGGAUCUACAAUCGCUCCGAGCACUCGCUCUUCUUCAACUCCCCCGCCCUGGAUCCUCCCUCCACCCGCAACCUCACCGUUCACAAAUUGCCUCCGGGUCACUCCGUCAAGGUCUUCGAUUACGCCCAGUGCGGUCGGGGGGACGACGACGACGACGACGAAGGGUCCUCGGACGGACCGGUGGACCCCAACGCCGUCCGCGUCAGUUUCGCCAAGGGAUGGGGUCCCAGGUACUCGCGCCGUUUCGUCACUUCCUGCCCGUGCUGGUUGGAGAUUCUGCUGUCCGUCGACAGGUGACGCCCGACCAGUCUUCCCGGAAAUGCCGUCGGGGGGACGACCACUCCUUCCGGUCUUUCCAUUCGAUAGUACAAACUGCGUGAACUCGCGUUGUCUUUUCUUACUCGCACUGCAACAAAUUGCGCGUUCGUAAACGCAUAUACAGUAUAUAAAUAAAUAUAUAUAUUAUAUAUAUAUAUAACAUUAUUUAAGAAUUGUUAUACGAGGAUAAAGGAAGAAGUCCGGGUUUUAUCGAGUAUUUAAAAAGAAGAAAAAAGUGUAGGAGACCCGACGGCGCGCGGACGAUCAAGCCAAGGAAGAGCUUCGCGUUCGCUAAUCGCGCGGAGGAGACGGAGCACAUAUUCGAACGGGUUCUACCUCACGUUCCGCCGUCCGCCACGCCACGCAGCGGCGUUUUCCAACCGUUAGCGACUCCAUCCAUUUUUUGUUUUCCUUGUGUUUUUUCCCCUCUUCCAAUCGAAUGAAAGCGUUCGAAGAGCUGUAAAUAAUAUAAAACAAAUGCGGCGUUUUGUAUCGGAGAGAAGCCAAACCGUCUCUUGAUUCCACCGGAACUUGUAUAAAAUAAGAAAACAAAACAAAAAAAAAGGUUGAAUUGUUAAUGUUUAUAAAAGUAAUAAAUAGCGAAAAAUCUCUCGUACUCUCA